AUGUUUGAUGAGUUCCUUUUGUGCUCAAAUUGUCAUUUUCUGAUCAGUAGUUCCAGCCAAGGUUGCAAGACAGACAAAAUCCAGAUCUUCAUUUCUACACCUUUGGCAUCAACCAUCUCGUUGCAAUUGCAUCCGUCAACCUCCACCUCAGACCUGAAGGGAUUACUACAGGACAAACUUGGGAUCGAUCCUGAGAAGCAACAUUUAUUCACCAGAAAGGGUCUUGAGCUUUGUGAUGCCUUGUCCAUAACUGAUCACGGCAUUGAACACGAUGCUACCAUAGAACUGCGCCUUGUGUCUGGGCUGUUGGGCGGGAGGAAAAAGAACAAAAAAUCAGGAAAAGGGCAGAAACCUGAACAAACCCAGUCGAGCCAGCAACCGGUCGUCCCUGCAGCUGAAGAGACCCCUCUUGUACCUCAGACAUCCUCUGAAGGUGCCGCGUCAGCAGCUUCAAGUACACCUGUAAAAGCAAGCACUGUAGCAAGCAUUGGAGUCAUCAACAUUCAAAACGUCACUAAUAGCCCUAUCAUAUUAGGCAAUGUAUCUUCAAGUUCGUUUAAAUACCCGCAAAUGACAUCAGCUAUCGAUGUGACGUGUAAGGAGAACCCUCAUGAGGGAAUGAAUGCACAACUUUUCGAAAUGCUGAAACGCACAGUAAAGCAAUAUGGCAAGACCCACAUUAUGGACCUGGUGGUCAACGUUUUCAAAGAAUGUGACUCGGAGCUCCAGGAGGCAACGAUGGGAUCCGUGAAAUUCAUCUUGCGUGUCAGAAGCCGGGGAGGUCUUGACAAGCUGUGGGCUAUGUACACCACUGGCGAACUCGCCAAAAGACUGACCGAGAUCCUCAUUACUAAUGAACUUACAACAGAGGAUAAGAGCGACAUGGCUAUCAAGGUGACAAUUCUCGAGCGUGACUACCGGGAAUGCUGCAAAUUCUUUGACAAAAUGCAAAAAGGUAAAAUGCCACUCGAAAAGAUUGCAAUGACAAUAAGUGGGUAA